CUCAACCAAUCCAUAUUCUGUCGCGUGUAAAUGACGUCACGAGAGCGUCACUGACAUCAGACCGAACGCCGGAAAACUCAAACCGGAGUAGCAACAAUGCUUUUCUACUCGUUCUUCAAGUCCCUGGUGGGCAAAGAUGUGGUGGUGGAGCUAAAGAACGACCUGAGCAUAUGUGGAACUCUUCAUUCAGUUGACCAGUACCUGAACAUCAAGCUCACAGACAUUAGCGUGACAGACCCAGAGAAAUAUCCACACAUGUUGUCCGUUAAAAACUGUUUCAUCCGCGGCUCGGUGGUGCGCUACGUGCAGCUGCCCGCCGACGAAGUGGACACUCAGCUCCUCCAGGACGCCGCGCGCAAAGAAGCCAUGCAGCAGAAGCAGUGAUGACUCGCCGGGUGAGGGUUCAAAAAAAUAUGUUUCUCCUCAACCCUUAUUGUUUCCACCACACAGGACUUCUUUGUUGUUGUUAUUAUUGUUAUUAUUAGACAAAAUAUUCCCAAUUUUAUUUCACACGGGAAAGAAAAGCAUCACUUGUCAGCGUUAUGUUGAAGCAUAACUUUAUUAGUUCACCUUUUUCAAAGAAAAAAAGACAAUUUGUCAUGUGACUUUAUUUUGGUUCUUAUUUUGUAAAUGACUGCAUUUGUAGCAAAUAAAGAUACAAAAUGUCACACCUCAGGGGAUGCUUUUUGACAAGUUACUUAUUUUGACAUGGCUGUGAAGUCCCGAUCUAUAAAUAAAUCCAACCGCAUAGCACCUACUGUAUAUGUGGCUUUUAUAAAUAA